CAUUGUUAUCGCGGCGCCAUUAUAUUGUGUGAUUUCUUCUAAUGCAAUUUGGGGACUAUUUUAUUCGAUUUGCUAUUUCUAUUAUAUUUGAUUUUAUUGUUGCUGCCUAUUUGAUUUGUUGCCGGACACCUGCGGGCAAAGGGCGUAUACAUGGCGUAUACUUAAUGGCAAGACGAGCGACUGGCCCAUAAAAGGCUUUCGGGGACUUGGGUUACCCGCACAACCACAUUACCCACUCGAGGAGGUCCAAAAAUUUUAUGGUCUGCCACUUAAGUGCAUCGGUGUCUUGGCUUUUGUCUUGACUUUUAUAGUUGCUACUUGAAUUUUAAACGCCUGUCAUGUGUCUCUCCUGUAAGGCUAAGUGAAGCUGAAUUUUAACGUAAAUCUCUGCUGAUUAAGUUGCUCCUCCGACAGUUAGAAAUUCAACCAGCCCAGCAGAAAAUAUACACAUUUCUGCGCCAGUAGACUCACAUGCUUUGCAUAUUGCUUAUCUAAAUUGUUUUCUUCGUGCCUUGAGUGAAAAAAACAUAGGGCCAUUAAACCGAAGAAAACAUACAUACACACUCUCGGCUAGGCAAUUUUUCAAUGUCAUUCCAUGGCCUCAGAAUUUUGACUUUGCCCAUUAAUAAAUUAGUGAGCUGGGAUCCUCAGUGUGCUAAUUGAGUGGUAAAUGCGAGGAUGCCUUGAUGUCAAAGUCCUGUGAAGGACGAGGGCUGAUAUCGCAGCUUAGGAAUCAGCAUCACGCAACUCCAAAUUAAAAGAAAUGUUCAAGAUCCAGGAGCCAUCAACAGCUGCGCCCACACGCCCACCCCGCCCAUAAAGAAAGUAAUUUGAGGCGCUUUCCCUAACCUUUCAACCCCCAUCCGCCUUUCACUUCCGUCGCAGCCUUUCGCAGCCUUUCACACAUCUUUUAGCACUUUGGCCAAACUUUGCAGCCGCUUUGGUUCUGGGUAUAUAAAUAAAUAUAUAUACAUAUCUAUAUAUAUAUAUAUGUUGGAACUCUCGAUGUGUGGGAGUUUGUGUUUGCCCAUCUUGUUUUUGAACAAAUCUUUUCAACAAUUCAAAAUGUUUACUGGAACGAAUUUAUGGGAUCUCACAUCUGUCCCCGUUUUUUCGUCAUUCUUGGCUUAAACCCUUCGAGGCCGUAUACUCAUUAUAUCCUUGUUGAUUCUGUAUUGAAUGGAUCUUUAAGAAUACAUCAGGAAGUACAUAUCAAAUGCAGAGCAUGCGAAUUCAUAGAAGUAUUUUUCUGGCCAAAAGGUAAGACGAAUCCUAUAAAAAAUUGAGGCAUUUAAGAAAGACAUUUCAUGGAAAAAUACUCUGUAACUUAAGAUACUUGAAAAUGAGCUUCAUUUACGGGUGUAGCAAAUUGUUGAGCACUCACAAAACAGCGAUAAAAAUAUACUUAAAUCAGCUUCGAAGAUGAGUAGAUAAAUCAACCUGCGCCAUAAUCCUUAAGACUUAGCCAUUGAAAAUCGAGCCAUCUAUCAUUCGGGAAAUCUAUUCAAGCUGAGUACAACAAGGAUUCCCAUCCCGAAAAAAAACAGAAACACAAAGAACUCCCUUUUGGCUGUCAUGUGUUGCUGCCGUAAUCAUUUGAUUUGGAUACGCUUGCAAAUUCCCUUAGAGUGUGUUAUCUGCCGGAGUUUGGGGUAUUGUUAUGAGAAGAAAAAGGAAUGAAAUCCUUCAGAUACUACCCCUUAGAAAGCCAGAUGUUUAAACCGCAUGUGGCAGUUAGGUGAGCUGUAAGCUGCAGCAACAAAUGCUUUGCGUGUCAGGUUUCCUUUGUGAUUUUUCUGUUUUAACUCAUUUUCUCCGCUCUAAAUAUUCUUUUGGCGUUUUAAUUCACAUUCACAAGUGGCCCCAGGAUGGCGUCGUCUAGUUCUGGUGCUAACCAUAAACCACCUCCAGUUCCACCUCGUCCAGUGAAUUUGCCACGCCCAAGUAUGCUGCAGUCUGAGGGUCAGUCUGAAAGUCAGAUAUCCUCCAGAUGCAGAUACAUAGUUUUGGUGUAUCUCCUAGUCGUGGUAAUACUACUGCUGGCCUUGGUUCAAUGGGAACUUGUGUGCUACUAUAAAUCAUUAACAGAUAUUUUCUUGGCCAAGUACUGGAUUAGUGUAUCCUGCAUGCUGAUCUCAGCUCCACUUUUGGCCAUAUUCCUGCUAAUUCGACAAGUUCGAUAUUUUCCAAUUCUGGGAUGGCUGCUUAUGUGCUCCAUUAUAGAGUUGAUGGUAAUUGGUGUUUGUACCUUGGCUGCUUACUGCCAUGCGCUCACCUUUCUGAUUUACUUUACCAUAACUGCGAUUUUGGUGAUCGUCCUUGUGCUGAUUGGAUCCUUUAUUCCCUGCGACUUAACUGCUAAUGUGGCUUCGCUGUUCAUCGUCAGUGUUCCGAUAUUGCUGUAUAGCAUAUAUUUACUUAUGAUCUUCAUGAUGAUUGAUUCGGACGAUGGAUUUUUCAUAUCCUUCGCUGUAUUGGUUUUGGUUAUAGUGUGUAUGCUUCCCAGUUUAUCAUGUACCAUGCCCAACUAAUUAGCGGUUGGCGAUACGCAGAGCUAUAUAUCACCGAUGGACUCUUUGCCGUGAUCGUCCUUUUCUGUCACUUCUGCAUUAUCCUGAUGCUUUUCUGCUUUUUGGAUUGGCCCCAAAUUGAUGAUGUUGAUGAUA